AUGGAAAUACUAUCAGCCAACCUCAACUCCUGUCUCAAGAGACGAAAAGAAGAUGGCCGUUUGAUGACACCAUAUGUCAUGUCGACACAUUCUGAAAAAGUUGACUUCGCCUCGAAUGAUACCCUCUCGCUGAGCUCUUCGCGUGACCUCAGCAAAGCCUUCCUGGAGGAGCUGGAUCGAAACGCGGGAUUCGAAAUAGGAAGCGGAUCUUCACGCUCUCUUAGUGGUACUACUGAAUACCUGGCCAACUUAGAGAGCAAAUUGAGAGACUUUCAUGGCGCCGAAGAAGCAAUUAUCUUCAACUCUGGAUUUGAUGCUAACGUGGCUCUUUGGUCCACGGUUCCUCAAAUUGGUGAUGUUGUUCUCUACGACGAAUACGUCCAUGCUAGUAUCCAUGACGGAAUGCGUCGUGGACGUGCUCGCACCCAAUCAUUCCGACAUAAUGACUUUGUGGAUUUGAGAAAGCAUCUAACAGAGUUGAAGACCGAUGAAGGGGUUGCUGAAGGCCAGAAGGUGGUCUUUGUGGCAGUGGAGUCAUUUUACAGUAUGGAUGGAGAUGUGGUCCCUCUGGAGGAGAUGGUGAAGGUUGCUAAGGAGAUGCUGCCAAAAGGGAAUGCAGUACUGGUGGUCGAUGAAGCUCAUUCGAAUGGUAUCGUUGGACCUAAUGGAUCCGGUGUGGUUUCGCAUCUUGGUCUUGAGAGCCACAUUGGGUUGCGAGUCCAUACAUGUGGGAAGGCGUUAGGAUCAACCGGAGCUGUUUUGCUUUGCAACAAAGCUAUCAAAUCCUAUCUUAUCAAUUACGCUCGCAACGCUAUAUUCAGCACGGCUCCGACCUUCGUGACGCUGGCUGGAAUCCGAGCGGGAUAUAAUUUGUUAGCAAGUGAAACUGGUCACCGGCGCCGUCAUAACCUCGAAAGAAAUGUCCAACUCUUCCAUCGACUUCUCCAAGAGCACUCGACAUGGCAGGAGGGUUCUAAGCAGGAUGUCUUGUCGGUUGUCGACGGAGCGACACGAUUAUCUGGGCCUUUCUAUUGCCCUAUCGUUGCGAUGAUGACACGCCCCGGAGAAUCUGACGACCUAGCUGAUACAAUUCGGUGUGCGGGAUAUCUGAUCAAUCCUGUGAAGUAUCCAAUUGUCCCAAAGGGCCUAGAGCGGGUGCGUAUAAUGUUACACGCUGAUAACACGGACGAGCAGAUUCUAGAUCUGGUCCAAGUUAUCGUGGGCUGGUUGAAGGAGAGAAUGGAGUGA